GUGCUUAUUUGUCAAACAUUUUUGUCCACUGGUCUUAUUCUAGUUUGUAGAAGAUAUACAUAGAAGAAGUUCUGUUCAUGUAUUUGGUAAUAUUCGGGUAACUAAUCUGGUAUUACAGUUGAAAUUAUAAAUAUUUUAGGAGUAUCGGUACAUUAAUCAAAUAUGCCAGCAGCUUUAUGUACUCAUUGUAUUAUAUCAAAUGGAAAGCAAACAAAAUCGGCAAAGCCACUGGAAUAACAUGAGUAAUACAUGGAAAUAGGAGUUCAGGCUGGAGUAGUGCUGGAAUUUAACAUAGGAGUUUACCGUUUCAUUCAGAAUGAGAUGUCACGUCCGCAAUUUUAUUAUCUGGAUAUGUUGCAUGAUAUUGAUGAUUUUGAUCAUUUAUCAACUGAUGAACAACUCCAAUGUUUCUCUAGGAUCAAAUGAGGAAGAUAUGCUGAUAUCGUCCAGAAUCCUCUUCGAGGAACUCGUCGCUCAACCCGAGCCGUCCAUCCCGGACUCUAACAUUAUUUUCUACAAUGGUCUCCCAAAAUGUGGCUCGAUAAGUUUUAAUAAAAAUCUUCGAAGUUUGUCGGAGUCGAAUGGAUUUAAAUUUAUCUAUCAGGAAGGCAGGGGUGUGAAACUUAUAGGAAACCAUAACAAGACCGUGCAAUACAUAGACAAGUUAUACAGUUUAUCUAAGGAAACGCGUGUUGUAAAAUAUCACGACGUUUACUUUCUUAAUUUCAACAGCUACAACUACAGUAAUCCAAACUACGUCAACAUCGCCCGUGAGCCUUACAGUAGAGUCGCCUCACUUUAUUACUACAAGCAAAGAACUUGCAAAAAGGGAUCUAAAUAUUGCUACCAUUUGGAUCAAAUAAAAAAUCUGACGUUUGAAGAGUGUCUGUAUAAGUGGCAGAACGACAUUCAGAUUUGUGGAAACUAUUUCCGUGAGGUCAUGCGUGUAUUUUGUGGACAGCAUCAUGUUUGCUUAGACGACAAGAUGUCCCACAUUGGUGUCCAACUAGCCAAAGCUAAUAUUGCAAGGCACUACAAGUUCGUUGGUCUACUAGAGGAGUACCACGUCAGUUUGUUAGCUCUGGAGAAACUUAUUCCAGCGUAUUUCACGGGAGCAUCACGCAGACGAAAGAUAAACGAGCCAGACGUGAAGCCUUCGUUUCCAAAUAAAAAUACAGAGAAAAUGAUUAAAGAACUGCUAAAAAAUUCCUGUGAGUCAAGGAUUUAACAAUUUCAACAUAUGAUGGUUUUGAUUCACUAUUCACAACUCUAGCCUAAACGUUCUAGGCUGUGUUUAGGACUGCAUAUAGGUGGUACUUGUGCGUUUCUCAAUUAUGGACUGACAAUCCUUUACUUAAAUGGUAUUA